CAGUGAAAGACAAAGACAGAGUUUAUUAAAGGACAGAGAGAAGAUGAGUGAUCCAGAACCCUGCAGAAUUAAACAGGAAGAGACUGAAGAACUAAUAGAUGUGAUGGUGAAGGAGGAGAGUAAAGAAGUGAGUGAAGAUGAGGAGAAACAUCAUGUCAAAAGUGAAAGCGAAACUCAAACAAAUGCAGAAGACCUUAUCUUAAUGGAAAGAACAGCAGUAAAAGGUUUAACCUGCAUUCAGUGUGGAAAGAGUUUCAAGUGCAAACAGAAUCUUAAGUUUCACAUGCUGAUCCACACUGGAGAGAAACCACACGGAUGCGAUCGGUGCGACAAAACGUUUUCUAGGGCUUCACAGCUGAAGAAACAUCUUAGAGUUCAUACGAAAGAGAUGCUUUGCUUAUGUCUUUUAUGUGGAAAGAGUUUUUCACAGCGGUCACAUUUAAAAGCGCACCAGAAGAUCCACACUGGCGUGAAAGAGCAUGCGUGCUUCGAGUGUGAGAAGACGUUUUUUACAUCUGGAGACUUGAAAAAGCACCAGAGGAUUCACACCGGAGAGAAACCAUUUGUGUGUUCGCACUGCAACCAAACAUUCAGACAUUCAGGAAAUCUGAAAACACACGAGAGGACGCACACUAGAGAGAAACCGUUCAUGUGUACUCAGUGUGGGAAGAGUUUCACACAGUCGUCGCACCUUAAUUCACACAAGCUGCUCCACACUGGAGAGAAAACACACAAGUGUGAUCAGUGCAGCAAGACAUUUUUGAGGCCGUCAGAGCUGAAGAUCCAUCUCAGAGUUCAUACAGAAGAAAAGCCUUAUUCGUGCUUUGAGUGUGGGAAGAGUUUUACACAUCCGUCAUAUUUAAGUGAACAUCAGAAGAUCCACACUGGUGUGAGAGAGUUUGUCUGCUUUGACUGUGGGAAGAGUUUUAUUAAAGCUGGAAACUUGAAACGACACCAGAUGAUCCACACUGGAGAGAAACCGUACAAGUGUUCACAGAGCAUUCACGUGGAUUAAAGUUCUCCAUCGCUAUGAUGGAUUAACAUCAAUGGGCUAUAUGCACAGCUAGUGCUUUUCAGCUACCGAUAAACUUCUGGCGUCUCAUGUAUCAACGCUGCGUACGCACAAAAACUUUGCGUACGUCAGAUAACACUCACGUUUGGAUUUACUAACGAUGAAAUUAAUGUGAAAAUGUGCGCUGGUACACGCCAACUUCAUGUCUGGCGUAUGUGCAUUUCUUGUGUGUUUGUUUUAUUUCCAAUGGCGACUCCUAGAGGCAGUUGUGUUAAAUUGCACACUACAAAUUAUCUUUUGAGCCGUGCAGUGGCAGCUGUAUGGGAUGGGAUCAACCGCAUGUCUAGCAGGUAUAUAAAGUUUCCAUACCAUGCAGUUGACAAGCCAAAUAUUAAAGUGCAAUUUGCAGCGAUCGCCGGUUUUCCCAAUGUAAUCAAAUUGAUCGACUGCACGCACAUUGCUAUAAAGGCGCCAUCUGAAUACAAAUUAGCAUACGUGAAUCAGAAACAUUUCCAUUCAAUAAAUGUGCAAAUAAUA